UUGGCUAGACUAGCAGGUCUGUAUGCAACGAUGGAGUCCAGGCAGCUCCUUGUGUUCAGCUUUCUUCUUGCAUGUGGCAGUCUGGGCGACGCGCUCCUGCGUGGUAUGAAGCCACCAGGCUACUGGGGGGCUGUGAUCCAGACUGCUGAAGCAGCGCAGGCCAAGUCACCGUUAGUCCCUGUGAAAGAGCCCUUCAGUCUGUUUGCUGAGAAAGCCAACGGCUUUCACUCCAAACGCAUCCAGCCGGCAGCAGAGCAACCCAGAUGGAAGUUUCCAGAAGGUCCAGUGGAUCCAGAACGUCCAGUGGCUCCAGUGAACAAGCCUCCCGCCCAGGUGACGGCGAAGCCACCAACGCUGUCGUCCAGCCGGGUGGCUGUGAGGUGUGGGGAGAGUAAGGUCCAUGUGGAAGUGAAGCAGGACCUUCUAGGCAUUGGCAAGCUGAUCCAUCCAGAUGAGAUCACGCUGGGAGGAUGUCCACCUGCUGGGAUGGAUCCCUCUUCUCGUGUGCUGAUUUUUGAAUCUGAGCUGCAUGGCUGUGGCAGCACACUGGAGGUGUCUCAGGAUGGUCUGCUUUAUGCCUUCAAGCUGAUCUACAAUCCCAAGAUGUCGGUCAUGAGUCCCAUCGUAAGGAGCCAAAGAACAGUCGUUGAUGUGGAGUGUCUGUAUACAAACUAAGUCCUGAAGUGGCCUUCAGAGACUUUGGGACUCUGCCACAAUCUGUUUAUUGGCCAAUGAUAAUAAACUGUUUGACUGA